UGGACAGCAACAUGGCCAAAUUCGCGAUCAUCUCCGUCGCUUUCCUCCUCUUCCUGGCACUAUCUCGUGCCGCGCCGGCCGAAAAGGCCGCAGAAAAACAAGACCUCGAGGCCCCCGCGGAAAAGGGGGACCUCAAAACAGCCGCCUCACAUUAUGGGGGUUGGGGAGGCUACGGCGGACAUUGGGGGGGCUACGGCGGCUGGGGAUCCCCGUAUUAUGGUAGCUACUACAGCUGGCCUAGUUACGGAUACGGAUACGGGUACGGAUGGCCGUACGGCGGGUACGGAUUGGGCGGGUACGGCGGCUGGGGUUACGGACACGGUGGCUAUUGGUGGUAAAAUAAGUGUGCGAUAACAACGAAUGGAUACAUGGUUUGUUUAAGGAUUUAUCACAGAAAAAAUAAACUCCAGGCCUGUUGCGUAAUAAAAUACAAAUUAACUAGUGAUUUUGUAUGUAAAAUCACUAGUAUUCUUUAUUAUGCAAUAUGUUCGAGAUAUAUUUGGCACAGUCAAAGUUGUAUUAUACUUUGCAUCCGGUAUUUUAAUGAUAAAAAAUACAAUAUUUUAAUACAGCUGAUUUCUACGACAUUGUAAUUUAAUAUAAAAUGCCAGUAUUAAUAUUUAUUUUGUCUAAGAAUACCGUUUCACUAAAAUUAAUUUAUUUUAUUUACUUAAAAUACCUUUUCUAUUUUUAUUUUUAUUUACUUUAUCGCUUAUCUAAGUCCUUCGAAUAAGUUUGUUCUCAGUCACUUAGUUUCUAUUUUCCUUUUUUUAUGUUUUUUUUUUUUUCAAUUGAAAAACUUGCCUGUACUUAAAUAGGUUUUAAUAAAUAGCGCUAAGAUCUCUUCAUCACUGCCUCUAUUUAAUAUACUAUGUAUAAAUAGGAGUAAGAGUAUAUUGUGUAUAUUAUGAUAAUAAAAACAUGUGAAUAGCAUU